AGCCUUGGGGAUAACGAUACGAAGGCAUGUGCGGUAUUCUUCCGUCACUUCAACGCAGUUUUUCCAGGUCCCUUUCCUGAGACUGCCAUAUCCACUGGAACGUGCCCUGAUGCAAUUCAGCAAUCCUGCAUUGAUGCACUCACCAAGCGAGCUGCGAGUCUCCAUGUAUCCAACGAGACGGACGCCUGUGGGGCGUUGCAGCAAAGCUUUGAGUCAAACCUAGACAACGAAUGCGCAGAAUAUGCUUUCGGAAACAAGUGGCAGAACGUAACCGCAACAUCUCUUUUGCCAGCCUUGACAAGCCCACAGCCCAUUUCCGAGGAACAGAAUUUAAGUUCAAACAGUUGGCCCAUUCAACCGAGAUCAGACAACCUUGCACUCGUUGACAAGUUUCUAACCACCGUA